AUGAUACUAGCUGCUUUCAUUCUUUUAUUAUUGCUCGUCAAUCUGCCCAGGACGUCAGCUGCAAGUACAUGUGCCAUCGGUCGACAAUUUUGUGGUAACGUUUGCUACGCACCAGGAGUACAAAAAUGCAUCAAUCAGGUGAUUUGCAGUUAUCAUCAAGAAUUAUGCAACGGUAGAUGUUAUACACCUGGCGUUCAGCAGUGUUAUGGAAAAAUCAUCUGCGCAUACGACCAGAAACCGUGUGGUAACAACACACGUGAAGUAGUUACCUUGAUUACGAAAAACUUACACAACAAAAAGUGCGCUUUUCAUGAAUAUAGCUUUGUAAUGUCUGUCAAAUACUCUGUAAAUGAUGCAGAAGAUCAAGAAGAUGGCAUGACUUACGAUGAUGAAGCGGGAGAAUUGACAUUAGAUGAGCACAAAGCACAACUGGAAGCAAAAAGGAAGAGAAUGUUGACAAAGUUGCCGAAACUACAAAUUCGACAGGCGGAUGAAGGUGUCGAAUUAAAAUUUUACCCAACGUUUCAGUGGGUGUAUCGAAAAACUAAUGAUGCGGGUAAAAAAUGGCAACUUCUCAAUGACUAUAUGGAAGAAGAAGCUGCUAAAAAAGCAAUGGGAACGCCGACGAGUGUUGAAACAGACGACGGAUCACAUGAUUUCACCAAUAGCGAAGAAAAUCAAGAUAAAGCAGAUGAGGAUGAGGAACAGUCGUCCAUCCCGAUACAAACAGAGCAUGUGUUGUCGACUACUGAAUCUAAAGAAGCAGCACCUCAACAUCCCUUUUUCCAUACGCAGUUCAGUGAUGAUGUCAGUGAUCGUACUAAUAAUUUUUCUACGUUUUAUUACUAA